AUGCGACCCGGCUGGGGCAUACUACUAGGAGUCUUUCUUGCUUGGCGCCGUCUCGACCCUGCCGGCUUCUGUGGACGUCGUGAUGGUCUGCGUGCAGCCGCGCUGCUCACCCUGCCGCCGGAGGUUGCCAGGGGCAUCUCCAGUGGGAAGCCGCAGGUAUUCAAGUACGGCCGGCAGGCAGAGCAGGUGGCGGAGCUGUGGUUACCAUCAGGAAAGCCCAAAGGAGUCGUCGUGCUGAUUCAUGGCGGCUUUUGGCUGGCGCAGUAUGGCAAAGACCUGAUGACGGACCUGGCGCGUGAUGUGGUCCAAAGAGACUAUGCCGCGCUCAACCUUGAGUACCGACGCGUGGGGAGCCCGACGUGGAAGGAUGCCAACUCCACACUGAGCGACGUCUCCGCGGGACUCGGGCUGCUGGAAUCGGGGAGGCUGCCACUGGACGGUGCUCUGCCAUUCGCGGUGGUGGGCCAUUCUGCAGGCGGCCACUUGGCGUUGUGGUCGCAGCUGCAAGCUGCAAACUCCUCACCCGCCGCGGCCGUCGUGUCAACUGGUGGUGUGUUGGACCUGUGCUACGCAGACAGCGAGGAGCUGGGAGGUGGAGCCGGUGCCGUGCAGCGCUUCUUAAGCUACCGCGACACCUACAGCCUGCGACGAGAAGUAUCCCCGAUUGACAUGCUGCCUCCAUGCCGCGUGAACUCUCUGCGAGGCAGCGAGGCUCAAAGAGGCGUCGCUCCGCAGGCACGCAUAGGCUUGGUACACGGCUCCGUGGAUGAUGUGGUACCUCCAGAGCAGUCCAUCCGCUUUCUGGUCUCUGCCACGUGUGCUGGCAUCCCGUGUGAGCUGCAUCUCAUCAAGCAGGAGGGCCAUUAUGAGGUCCUGAAUCCGAAAUCCAAGUCGUGGCAGUCCACCAUGGAUUUCGUCCGCGAAGCUUUCGCGGCGGCGCCGCAGCGCAAGCUCCGUGGGGCCAUGGCCGCGACGAAGCGUGAGGAGUUCCGCGACGAGACAGUCAUCCGAAGUCGACUUCAAGAAUAA